CAGCCAGAUGGACUCAGUUCCCAGGGAAAGGACAAGGAUGGCAAGAUCUUUUAGCCUUUAGGGGAUGCCUUUGUUAGGCACCAUUCACAAUGGGCAGCUCCCACCUGCGGGUCUUUGAACCCCAUCUAGAGAGGAAAGAUUCCGAGGUGCUCUCUGGGUGCCAGCUGCCCUUGCCUACCUUCGAUGUGCCUUAUUUCAAAUACAUUGACGAAAAAAAUGAAGAUGAUGAAUGGAGCAGCUGCUCACAGUCUUCAACUGAGGAUGACUCAGAGGACUCUCUGCUCUCUGACGGGUACAUGGUGGUGUCUGGAACCCUGGAGAAGAUCUUGGAGCAUCUUUUGAAUGACUUACACCUGGCAGAGGUCUAGCACAAAGGAACAGAGAUGCUCCUUGAUGGCUUCCUUCUCACAUAUACAGUAUUCAUGACAACUGAUGACCUGUGCCAGGUGCUGUUAAGACACUAUUCUGCUAAGAAGUAUCAAGGGGAAGAAGAAAACUCAGAUGUCCCUUGUGGGAAGCAUAAGGUCUUACAUAUGGUUUCACAGUGGAUCGCUCUGUACAAAGACUGGCUACACGAAGAUGAACAUUCAAAAAUGUUUCUAAAGACCAUAUACAGGAAUGUGCUGGAUGACGUCUAUGAAUACCCAAUUCUUGAGAAAGAAUUGGAAGAAUUUCAGAAGAUACUUGGGAUGCAUCGUCAUCACACUGUCGAUGAAUAUUCACCGCAAAGGAAGAAUAAAGCCCUUUUCCAUCAAUUCAGUCUUAAGGAGAACUGGCUCCAGCACAGAGGAGCUGUGGCUGAAACAGAGGAAAUUUUUUGCCAUGUGUAUAUAACAGAGCACUCCUAUGUCAAUGUGAAGGUGAAAGUUUCCAGUACAGCCCAGGUAAUCCUGAAGGUGGUGGCUGAGAAGCUACAGCAUGCUGAAGAGGAUCUGGCUCUGGUGGCCAUCAUGUUCUCUGGAGAAAAGCAUGAAAUUCAGCCAAAUGACUUGGCCAUUUCCAAACCCCUGGAGGCAUCAGGUCAGAUAUUUGUCUACCGCAAAGAUCUAGCAGACACUUUGUAUCCUUUUGCAGAAAAUUAGGAAUCACAGCAAAGGUCGAUGAUGAUUUUGGGAAUGAACACUUGGGACCUUGCUCUGGAAUUAAUGAGCUUUGAUUGGAGUCUGUUCAACUCAAUUCAUGAGCAAGAGCUGAUCUACUUCAUGUUCAGCAGACAGGGAAGUGGGGAGCACACAGUCAACCUCAGCCUUCUGCUCCAGAGAUGCAACGAGGUCCAGCUCUGGGUGGCCACGGAGAUUCUGCUCUGCAGCCAGCUAGGCAAGCUCAUGCAGCUGGUGAAAAAGUUCAUCAAGAUUGCUGCUCACUGUAAAACUCAGCAGAACAGAAACUCUUUCUUUGCUAUCAUGAUGGGUCUCAACACUGCCUCUGUCAGCUGGCUGUCCCAGACCUGGGAGAAAAUUCCUGGGAAGUUUAAGAAACUUUUCUCUGAACUUGAAAGCUUAAUGGAUCCUUCCCUAAACCACAAAGCCUACUGGGAUGCAUUCAAAAAGAUGAAGCUGCCAAAAAUCCCUUUCAUGCCCUUAUUGCUUAAAGAUGUAACAUUUAUUCAUGAAGGAAAUAAAACAUUCUUGAAUAAUCUUGUCAACUUUAAAAAGCUGCACAUGAUUGUAGACACUGUCCAAACGCUGAGACACUGCAGAAGCAACCAGUUUGGAAGUGACAUGUCUCCAUAGGAGCAGCAAGAGUCCUAUGUCAACCACCUAUAUGUCAUCGACAGCAAGCAGGCCCUGUUCGAGCUCUCUCACAGGCUGGAGCCCCAGGCC